UUGUUGUGAACACAGCUUGCUCACAGUUAGCCGUGCUAACUAACCGCCCAGCCGUUAGCCAAGUAAAGCGAUGGCUGAAUAUUCUCGCGUAAAAUCAACCAAACUGGUUUUAAAGGGUCAUAAUAAGGGGAAAAAGAAGAAGCAUAAAGAUAAGAAGAGAAAGGCAGGAGAUGAAGCAGAGAAAGUUGAUGUCGUUGGCGGUUGGUGGUGUGUCAGCAGCUUUGGGGAGAUCACUGGAACGGUUGCCAUAGAGAUGCAGAACAACUCGUACAUCCAUGCCCUGGACAGCGGGCUCUUCACACUCGGCGCACCACACAAAGAUGAUGAAGGACCAGACCCGCCAGAACAGUUUACUGCCAUCAAGCUGUCAGACACAAGGAUUGCCUUGAAGUCUGGAUAUGGCAAGUACCUGGGGAUCAACUCCGAGGGUUUGGUUGUGGGGCGUUCUGAUGCUAUUGGUGCCAGGGAACAAUGGGAAGCAGUCUUUCAGGAUGGCAAAAUGGCUCUCCUGGCAGCAAAUAGCUGUUUCAUCUCCUACAGUGACAGUGGGGACAUUGCGGCCAAGAGCAAGACAGCAGGGGAUGGCGAGAUGGUGAAGAUCAGAUCGAGUGCAGAAAGAGAGGUCAAGCGUAAAGAUGACAUCGCGGAAGAGGACAGGGGCAACGUGAAGUCUUGCGAGGUCAAUUAUGUGAAGAAGUUUCAGAGUUUUCAAGAUCGGCGGCUCAGGGUUAAUGAUGAGGACUCCUCUACGCUAAAAAAAGCCAGAACGGACGGGAAGUUCCACGAAGCUUUGCUUGACAGGAGAAGCAAAAUGAAAGCAGACAGGUACUGCAAGUGAAAACUCAACUUUGUAGAAUACUGUCUUUGUAAAUGCUUCAUUUUAAGAUUUGGCCAUUUGAUCAUUAUUGUUUGUUUUGUUUUUUUAUAUUUUGAUUAAAAUUACAUGAUCAGA